AUGGAGCCAGAAAACAAACGGGUUAAAAUCAAUAACGACAGUCCGCAGAGUAGUAUGGUAAUUGAUGUGGAUUUCGCGGCGUUGGCUGGCCCAUUGAAUCAGCACGAGUCAACGGCCAGCCAAGCUAACGAGGUCGAGGACGGUCCUACUAACGUUUUCACAGGUUUGUCGCAUACCGACCGUUACCGAGAGAUUCUUAAGGUCCGUCGUGAGCUUCCUGUGCAUAGCCAGCGUGAUGAAUUUCUUAAAAUGUACCAUUCAAGCCAGAUCAUGGUGUUUGUCGGUGAGACUGGUUCUGGUAAAACUACCCAGAUCCCGCAGUUUGUGGCCUUCGAUGAGCUUCCUCAGCUCACUGGGCGGCAAAUUGCUUGUACUCAGCCCCGUCGUGUUGCCGCAAUGUCUGUUGCACAGCGUGUUUCGGAGGAAAUGGACGUCGAGCUAGGUGCUCAGGUGGGUUAUACGAUUCGUUUUGACGAUACUACCAGUGAUAAGACCUUUUUACGCUAUAUGACUGAUGGUAUGUUGCUUAGGGAGGCAAUGACAGAUCCCGAAUUGAGUCGCUAUGGUUGUAUUAUCCUUGAUGAAGCCCAUGAACGUACUUUGGCCACAGAUAUCCUCAUGGGUCUCUUGAAAAUUAUGUGUCAACGUCGCCCCGACCUCAAGGUUAUUAUUAUGUCUGCUACCUUGGACGCUGAAAAAUUCCAGAAAUACUUUGGUGGUGCCCCCUUGCUUGCAGUUCCGGGUCGUACCCAUCCCGUCGAAAUUUACUACACCCCAGAAUACCAAGACGAUUACCUGGUUUCGGCGGUAAGGACUGCCCUUCAGAUCCAUUCAUCGGAACCUGCAGGCGAUAUCCUGUUAUUUUUGACUGGUGAAGAAGAAAUUGAAGAUGCUUGUCGCCGGUUGUCCCUCGAAAACGACCAAAUGAUCCGCGAACAGGGCGCCGGUCCUUUAGCUAUUUAUCCCCUCUACGGGUCACUGCCUCCUCAUCAACAACAAAAGAUUUUCCAGCCUGCUCCUCCCCCGUUCAAAGAGGGUGGCCGCCCUGGACGCAAAAUUAUUGUUGGUACCAACAUCGCUGAGACGUCACUUACCAUCGACGGUAUUGUCUAUGUGAUUGAUCCUGGAUUCAGUAAGCAGAAGGUUUACAAUCCUCGUAUUCGUGUGGAAUCUUUGCUUGUGUCCCCUAUUUCGAAGGCCUCUGCUCAACAGCGGGCUGGUCGUGCAGGCCGUACGCGUCCGGGUAAGUGUUUCCGUCUCUACACUCAACAAGCCUACAAGACCGAACUUGUUGAGCAAAGUUAUCCGGAGAUUUUGAGAUGCAAUCUUUCCAAUACUAUUCUCGAAUUGAAAAAGCUUGGUAUUGAUGAUUUAGUUCAUUUUGAUUUCAUUGAUCCUCCCGCUCCCGAAACCAUGAUGCGGGCUCUUGAGGAAUUGAACUACCUAGGGUGCAUUGAUGACGACGGGCACUUGACAGAACUUGGUCGCAUGUGUUCAAUAUUCCCCCUGGAUCCAGUGUUAGCAGUAACUCUGGUUGCAAGCUCCGAGCACAAAUGCUCGAACGAGAUCCUAUCCAUUGUGGCUAUGUUGAGUGUGCCGAACGUGUUUGUGCGUCCCCACAAUGCGCGGCGCGAAGCAGACGAUAUGAAAAUGUCUUUUGCCCACCCCAGCGGAGAUCAUUUGACCCUGCUGAAAGUCUACGAAGACUUCGAGUCCAUUAUGCAGGGCGGUGACAAUGCGUCAAAGUGGUGCAGAGACAGCUUCCUGAACUACCGAUCGUUGACAAGCGCACGCUCAGUGAGACAACAGCUCAAAGGCAUCAUGGAACGUUGCAAACUGCCCAUAAUUAGCACUCCGCCUGACCAUAAGCGUCAUGAAGACCGUAUCAAAAAGGCGCUAGUCCGGGGAUUUUUCAUGCAGGUUGCCAAAAGGCAGGGCAAUCGCAAGGGCUACCUAACGGUCAAAGACAACCAAGAGGUUUUGCUGCAUCCCAGCACCGUACUUGGCAAAGAUAAUGUGUUUGUUUUGUACAACGAAUUUGUGUUGACCACCCAAAAUUAUAUCAGAACCGUGACCUCUGUGAAACCGGAAUGGCUGUUGGAGCUUGCCCCCAAGUACUAUGACCUCAAGCAGUUUGCCAAGGGAUCUGCAGAUAUCAGAAUGGCACUAGAGCAAGCCGCUCGCAAAAAGAAAAUCAAAAACUAA